UGUAAUCUAGAGAUAGGAAAAGAUGUGCAUAUAUAAUGUCUGAUAUGAUUAUGUUUACAUAACUCACUCGUGUAAAUAUCUUUAUCAUGCGUAUUAGGUGUAUCUUUCUGCUGAAUAGAAAACUCGUAACGCAAAAUAAGUAGAAUGACAGGAAAAUUAUCAGAUAAAGACAUGGACCAGCUUGAACAAUGGAUUGGUACAGGUCCUAAAACAUUUACACUGCUCUACGCAAUCACAAGAGAUGGGUGUAAUGCUACAACCUUCCAUCAGAAAUGUGACAACCAGGGAGCUACUGUAACGGUUCUAUAUAACCAACAGGGGUCUGUGUACGGAGGGUAUACGAGUUCAGACUGGUACUCAACAGGAAGCUACUACAUUGAUACAAGUGCUUUUCUGUACCAGUUGCGUUAUAGUAACACACCGACACCCGUGAAAUUUCCAUAUAAUAACAAUGGAAAUAGCAUAUACAAGCAGGCAAAUUACGGUCCCACUUUUGGAGGAGGUCAUGACCUUCAUACAUUCAGCGGAACUGUUAACAAUUCUGGAGGUUAUUUUGCUCUAAAUGGCUCCUUGUACAUUGGAAACAGUUACAAUGCCCAGGGGAAAAAUACCAACCAGAUAAACAAUGGAAACAUGUACGUAACUGAACUAGAGGUGUACAAAGUUGAAACUGGCAGAAAGCAAAAGCCUGCUAAUGAUAAAAAGCCUUGGCGACAAACAAGAAACUGGAAUGAACAGUUUUUGAACGAAAUUACUGAAGACAUUGUGGCCUUUAAACCAGUACCGGGUUUAAAGGUGAAAGAUGCCCGGAUCUUAAUAGUCGGUCCCGUUGGUGCCGGGAAAUCUAGCUUCUAUAAUACCAUCAACUCGAUAUUCCGUGGCCGGAUCACACAGAAAGCAUGUAGUGGAAGUGCAGAACAGAGUCUUACAACUGCUUAUACGCCAUACAAGGUGAAAGUGAAAUCGGGCUCACCACUGAACUUCCGGUUAUGUGAUACACGUGGUCUGGAGGAGUCACAAGGUCUAGAUGUCCUCGAGUGUAACUAUCUGCUUGAUGGUAACAUACCCAGCUACUACCAGUUUAACCCAACUACUGUAAUCAAUCCAAAAACUCCCGGGUUCAAGGUAAAUCCUUCAGCAAAUGAUGUAAUACACUGUGCUGUGUUUGUUCUGGAUGCUACUACACUAGAGGUUAUGUCGUCAAAAAUCAUAGAAAAAAUGAAAGGGUUUCAAGACCUGAUGAAUCAGAAAGGUAUUCCACAAACUAUACUCCUCACAAAGGUAGAUAAACUCUGCAAAGAUGUCCAGAGAGACGUGUCGUUGGUCUUCAAAAGCCCCGAGGUUGAGCAACAUGUAGAAAAGGCCUCGCAACUUCUCGGACUGCCGCGUGCGAAUGUGCUUCCGGUGAAGAACUACGAGAACGAGCAUGACCUCGAUGACAACAUUAGCAUCCUAGCUUUGUUGGCACUGCGCCAAGUUUUGUACUUCGCGGAAGAUUUCCUGGAUCAUAUGUUGGAUAAAAUGGAUGAUGCCAAGUCAGAAGAAUCGGAAUAAAAAUUCUGGCUUUAAAAGCAAUUCGACCGUCUCUAUUUUUUUUUUUUUUUUUUUUUUUGUAUUAAAACGCAUUUCUUAUGCCGCAGAAUUACAGGCAGAUAGUUUAUUUUGUUUUAUUGAUAACAUAUUUAAUCAGUAAAAUAACCAUAGACAUCAAUUCAAAACAGUACACGGAACUUACUGGGAAUACGGCCAGCUUAUCCCAGGGAAUAAGGUAGUGUUUGUCUGUUCUGAUUGUUAAGUCAUGUGAACAAACCCAAGAAGUGAUUGUUUUCCAAAAUUCUGACUUUCAAUGCAUUUACAGUAUUUUAUUAUAGAAUUAGAUUUAGACAAAAUGUGCUACAUUUAAUUUGUAUUAAAAAAGUUUUAUUAAACGAUUUUUUUUCGCUAUGCCAACUACGUGAACAGUUCUUCUCAUUCAUAUGGAAGUUACUUACAUAAAGUAUAAAUAUUCAUGUUUUGCGUCUGAUAUUUUGGUAGAAGUAACGUAGUUUGGUGUUCCCUGACCUAUAUUGGAGCUAAACAUGAUUUUUGUCGGAAGCGAGCACAGGAAAUGUAAGUGGUCAUAAAUGUAUUGAAAUGAUGUAAUAAGACGUUUGUAUGCAGAGAAAAUCCGUGAAAUUUUAGUAAUAUUUUUAAUUUUGGCCUAUUUUUUUUUUGACAGAACACACCUGUGUGCCCAUUUUUAUCUUACUUUUGGAUCCCAAAGGCUAAUUACUACUUCUGGAUUAAAAUUAAUAGACUAUUUUCAUUUCUUACGUAAUGAAUCAUAUUUCAGCUUCCAGGCAAAAUCCAAUGCAGAUAAACAUUCGCAAAAAAGCAAUGCAGUAAAAUGAUGACAGGAUCUGAAUCUGAGAAGGUUACUCGACAGCUACGGGGCGGCCUUGGUAAACUAUCCAUAUCUCAAAAACUGAAUAUUUCUUGAUGAAACUUUGUAAAAGAUUUGGUAUUGGAUAGCGUUCGACAAUGAUACUGUGAAAUGGGAAAAUAUGAUACGAAACAUUCAUCUAUAGCUCAGAGACCUCCAGUUAAAAACAGUACAAGGAAAAUCUUUGCCUAUAUACAUAGAAAACUGUCCCAUAUAUCUUUAAUCAAGUUAUCACUAUUCAUAUUGUUAUGGUUUGAAUAGUAGAAUCUCUUUGUGUUAUGAAAAGGUGAAUUCGUAUUUCUGAAAGGAUGGUACUCAUUCGGCCUGUAUUGUAUAGUGAUCAUGGCCUUGCUGAUAAAAGUUCAUUAUGUUUCUUCAACCUCAUGACUCAGCCUGCGGGGUCACUCAAAGAUCUAUAAAAGAAUAUAAAAAUCCUUGUAAGCUCCCAAUAUUAUCUAUUUACGUACAAUGACCAAUAAGCUGUAGAAAAUGAGAGCUAAUUCACGAUGUCUAGCUCUUUUAAUGAACUAGGACAACAUACUCAGUAGUUUUAAUAUUAUACAAACAUAAAUUCUACCAUUCUGGUUUCUUACAUUUAAUCAACAUACAUACAACAUUUUGUCUCUUCUAGCUUUUUUCUAUAUGCUUUGAAAUACAUAAAAAAAUU